UUCUGUCAAAAACCCUAGAUUUAUUAGGGUUUCGGGGUCUGGCUCGCCCGUUCAAGUGAGAGAGGGAGAGAGGGUUCUGUUCUUCUUCUUCUUCCUACUUCCCCCCUUGUGAGGCUUCACUUCCAAGCAAGAUGGCCUCUGAGAAGAAGCUCUCGAAUCCCAUGAGGGAGAUCAAGGUGCAGAAGCUCGUCCUCAACAUUUCCGUUGGAGAAAGCGGGGAUCGGUUGACUCGUGCCGCUAAGGUGUUGGAGCAACUGAGUGGGCAAACGCCGGUGUAUUCAAAGGCGAGGUACACGGUUAGGUCUUUCGGUAUCAGGCGCAAUGAAAAGAUUGCUUGUUACGUCACCGUGAGGGGCGAGAAGGCGAUGCAGCUUCUGGAAAGUGGGCUGAAGGUCAAGGAGUACGAGUUGCUGAGGAGGAACUUCAGUGAUUCUGGGUGCUUCGGUUUUGGGAUACAGGAGCAUAUCGAUCUCGGGAUCAAGUAUGAUCCUUCUACUGGAAUUUAUGGUAUGGAUUUCUAUGUGGUCUUGGAGCGUCCUGGAUAUCGCGUGGCUCGUCGUCGCCGGUGCAAGGCUGUAGUUGGACUUCAGCAUAGGGUUACAAAGGAAGAUGCCAUGAAGUGGUUCCAAGUGAAAUAUGAGGGUGUCAUCCUUAACAAGGCUCAAACAACUGCUGCUUCUUAAUUUUGGAGUCCUUAGUUUUUAUGCACUUUCUAAUUCAUUUUGUUUCUCCUGCGCUCUUCUGUAGUUGGAUUAUUUUAGAAUGCAUUAUCUUUCAUCAAGACAAACAGGACUAAGCUUUAAUUGUAUCAAGGAAGCUGCUCUCUACAGAAGUUUAGGUAGUAUUUCAGCAGGAAACACCUUUUUGUGAUCUAUUAUAUGCUAAAACUGGCAGUUUUGACUGAGUGAAUUUUGUACCUUUCAAGUUC